AUGAGCAAUCAAGCAAGGCACUCUCUAAAGCACAGAAUCUUGUACUGCUUACGAACCUUGUUGUUUACAUCUUUCUUUGUCAAAAUACGAACUUCUUCUUUUUCUUCUUCACUUCUUUUUUUACCUCUGCGAUUUUCGAAUGAGAAGCAAUACGGGGUCAAGCCGUCUAUGACAGACGAGCAGCGUCUUCUCAAGGCCUUAGUCUGGAAUUACGACCCUGCCGUGAGACCUGUCUACGAUGCCAGGACGCCAGUGAUCAUCAAACUAGGCACCACACUCACGCAGAUCAUUGACGUGGAUGAAAAGAAUCAGGUGCUGACUACUAAUAUUUGGCUUGAUCAGGAAUGGCAUGACGAGAAGCUGGUGUGGAACAUCAGCCAUUACAACAAUAUUACCAAACUGCGUAUCCCAUGUGACUUGAUCUGGCUUCCGGAUAUUGUUCUUUACAACAG